AUGAUCAGCGUGGGCUGGCAGGAGCCGACCGCACACCUCAGUUACAGUAACCCAAAACAACCUGACGUGGCGGCGGCAAACAUUGGCAAGGGGCACAGGCGCCUCGGCGCCGAUUUGAAGCUUACGAGCUCGCUUUCGAGCAAGGGCAAGGACGGAGCGCUCGGCUGGAAGGGGGCGUAUGUUCGCUUCGGCAACACGGAGCCCGGGCUGCUCAAUUUGGUCAAAGGACGCGGCAAGUACUCGCCGUCGGGAGCGACGGCAGCGGUGGUGGCGGAGGAGGAGGAGGAGGAGGAGGCGGCGGAGGCGGAGGAGGCGGGGGCGGAGGAGGGCACCAGCGCCGGCUCGGCGCGGCUGCCGCCGAGCGUGGCCUCGCGCACGUACCUCUACGCCUUUGUCGUGGCGUCCGCGCCCGAGCUCCUCGCCCACUUUAUCCAUCAUUACCGCGAGCUUGGAAUCGAUUUUGCCGCGCGCUCGCGCUUGAUCGUGGACCCUGCGCGUGGCGAUGAGGCGACGGCGGCGUUGGCGCGCCGCGAGGCUGCGUCCUUUGCCCUCCUGCGCGAGGCGGGCGUGCCUUACUCGAACAAUACGCAGGGCACGUGGUCGAGCAAGCUCAAGUCCGUCCUCGUCAACGAGUACCUCCGCGCGCUGCCCGCGGACGCGCUCCUCAUGUACCCGGACCUGGACGAGUUCUUUUCGCUGCCCUGCGGCCUCGAGGCGAUGCUGCCGCCCGAUGCGCGCGUCAACCUGCAGGCAAAGUUCGUCGACCGGCUCGCGCCGCACUGGGCGUGCGCCCCGCAGCCGCGCCUCGUCGGCCCCUCCGGCCGCAGGCCGAUCGCCACUUCCAUCCACGCGCAGUUCCCCGUGCAGUGCGACGUCGCCGCGUUCCUGUCGUCCUCCCAGUCGUCGUCGGUGUCGCUGCUCGACGCCAAGCGGGUGCUCGUCUCCGCGCGCGACGCGCACGGCCGGCUCGUGCAGUACCGGACGGCCCACUCGGUCACGUGCGUCACGGCGGCGGGCGAGCCGGACGCGGCGCGGGCGGCGGCGAGCAAGGGCGGCCGGCCCUCUGCCUGCAAGCUGUCGCAGCCGCUGAAGACGGCCGAGAUGCCGCGCAUCGCGCACUUCCGCUUCAGCCACGAGGGCGUCGCCCUGCUGUGGCGCAAGCUCGACCGCUACCAGAGGAACAAGAGGGCUGCGGCCGAGGAGCCGCGCGACGGCGGCCGGCGCAAGGACGACGGCACGGCCCUCAAGCUCUCGGGCCGCUUCGCGACGCACGUCAAGGGGUACGCAGAGCAGUGCAAGCUCUUCAGCGCCUCGGGGGAAGGCGACGUCCGGCCGAGCCCGGCGUCCGACGGGUUCUGGUUCAGCAACAGCUCGAUCGCCGGCAUCCGUGCCACAUGCCGCCGCGAAACGGCGGGACUUGCGCAGUGCUGA